AUGGGGCUUUCUGCAUUGGCUCUGUGUUUCCUGGCAGCUGGGCUGUGUCUGCCCUCGGAGUACGUGCCGCCACACUCCGGGCCGUUUAUGGCUUCCACAUACUGCGGCAGGCAUAUCUGCAGGGGAGUCCUGAUCCACCCGCAGUGGGUGCUAACAGCGGCCCACUGCUGCUCUUGGUUUCCCAGGGGCCACUCUCCCACGGUGGCUUUAGGAGCACAUUCUCUUUCCAAGAAUGAGCCCAUGAAACAAACAUUUAAGAUCAAAAGACUCGUCCCAUUCUCAAAGUCGCCGGCAUCACAUGAUAUCAUGCUAGUAAAGCUUCACACUUCUGCAGAACUCAACAAGCAUGUGCAACUGCUCCAACCAAGAUCUAAAAACUAUAUUAGAGAUGGAACCAAAUGCCAGGUUACCGGCUGGGGAGUCCCCAGCCCAGAUCUGUUAAAGCCCUCGGAUACCCUGCAAGAAGUCACCGUCAGCGCCAUAAGCAGAAAACGCUGCAACAGUCAAAGCUGUUACAACCAAAACCCUGUUAUAACCAGGGACAUGAUGGACUCCUGCCAGGGAGACUCAGGGGGCCCCUUGGUCUGCAAAGGUGUCUUUCAUGCCAUAGUCUCUGGGGGCCAUAAAUGUGGCAUUGCCAAUAAGCCUGGAAUCUACACCCUAUUGACGAAGAAAUACCAGAGUUGGAUUAAAAGCAAGCUUGCCCCAUCAAGUGCAAAUUGAGUUUGCAAA